CUGACUGAAGGGGAUAAAAUCCGACUGUAUUGUGACAGUGACAUGUUUUGUUUUGUUAGUUCAAGGACAGUCAGGGUUAUCUUACGACCCUGAAUAAGACUUUUACAUUUAAGGAGGUUAAAGGCCUUUUUAUUACCGUACUUUCACAAUGCCAGGUGGUGGUGGUGUUAGAACUGGCUACGGUGCUCCAAAAGGUGUGACCACAGUUUGAGUCUGUGUUUCAGCGGUUGUAAAUGUGGAUCUAUGAGGCAUUUUUGCCAAGGCACCAUGACACAUUAACAGUCAUGUUUGUGGCAACAGAACAAGUAUGUUAAGCUAAAAACACGAUGUUUUCCGAACCACAACCAAGUAUUUUAUUUUUGUGCCUAAACUUAACCCGACCCUAGCGCAACAUCGUCUCAAGAUAGAAAUAGAAAAUGUAAAGAGGCAUUGCACUUAAAUCUAUCAGUGGUUCGGCAGAAACGUGCUUAGUUAACAUUUCUCCUGGCUAUAGAGUUGGUUAGCAUGCAAACUCCGGUACAUCUCUGUACCACAACUAGGCCUACAGAGAUGUGUUCCACACGUCAUGACUCAUCUCUUCAUUUUCUGGUGAUAACAUUUGUUAAUGUUUCUAAUGUUAAAAUGUUUACAUAUUACACCUUUAAAUGUCUAUGUUCAAUCUUAAAAAUAAGGAACAAAAAGAAAAGAGUCUAAUUGAAAAUCAUACAAUUUUCCUCAGAUUCUUUAUAUUUUUCAGGCUAGUUAUCUAUGAAACAGUUUGAUAAGAGGUGUGUGAGGUGUUCCGGUGACCAGCAGAGAGGGAGGCGCUGUGAGGACGGAGAGGGGGACCGUGAAGUGGAUGCGGCUCAUCGCCUGAGGAAGUUAUUGGAAACGGUGAAAUGACAUCACCACAGUGUUUUCGUGGCUUUGUUUGGCGCUCCUCCUGGCCACGCCCCUCCGCCGGCUCCAUCAUAAAGCGGCCGGGCCGUGCGUGUGUGUGAACCAGUUGAACUCUCAGUGUGGCCAACAGGUGCACCACCGCCUCCCCUGCACCUCGCUGCUGGAUAAUGCCCUCAGAGCGCCGCUCGUCGCUUUGCGCAGGGCUCCCUCGUCUGCACUUUGGACACUUGCGCGUUUUUAUAUCCUGAUCUCUUCCAGACGCAAACAUACACAUACAUACAAAAAUGCCUUUUCCGCCAAUCAGCCUCCAUCAGCGGAUCUCCUCUCCUGGCAGGGAUCUAUUCGGGAAAAAGAAAGCCAACGGAGUGCCUCCUCAGACCACUGAGCUCCCCAGCAAAUCCGGCAGAGAUAAAGCCGGCUCCGAGAAGGAGAAGCAGUCCAUUUCCUGGGCAUCCGCGAAUUUGCGGAAUCUGGGACGAAAACAGGAGAAGAGCAAAAGCCCAACUCAGAAGGCGGGCGGCGACCAGGAGACCCAGGGAAAAUGCUCCUGGCUGUCGGUGCCCAAACCUCAGGACUCAUCGGAGGGAGUCAGGCGCUCCAGCUCCAUGGACUCCGCCAGACACCUCCAAGGCAAAGAGGACGCGAAGAAGGAGAUCCAGUUCACCCUCAGCCUCACCCCCGAAGCCAUCCUUGUCAUCCAAAAACGGAAUCUAGAGAAACAGAUGAUGGCGAAGCAGCAGAAGUGCUGCGCCUCCGCGGACUUUCGGCACAGGCGAGUUUUCCCAUCCAAGAAGGCGCACGGAGGCUCCAAGGGCUGCGCGCCCGUCGCCAAGGUGGAGAACGCCGAGCCGGACAUCACCGCCAUCGUUAAGAUCUCGCUUUUGAACGAUCAGUACAAGUACGACGACGUGGAGUACGAGGAGGAGGACGGGGACGUGGACGAGACGGUCGUGAGGAAAUGUAAAGAGUGGCUGAAAGGGGUCGAGAACGCGGCCGCUCUGGGGAAAGUCGACAAACUUUCUGCACUCCCGCACCUUAAAGGCUGCUGACACCUGACUCCCGAGCUUUUCAUUCACCCACAGGCUGACAGCAGAGGCGGAGGACUCGUGAGGAGGGUGCAGGCCUGCUGCCGUGGCAUCUUUUGAAUUUUGAAGUCUUGUGAAGUAGAAACGCACUUGUCUAAAGGAAUGUGAAUGGAAGCGUCGACUCAAACAGACACUUUGGUUGGGGAAGUUAAAAGUCAUUUCUGUAUUGCACCGGGGUGAUAGAACAAUGACAGAACUGACAUGCAGCCCCUUCAGCAAGAAUCUGAUUUUUAAGUCUCUCUGGCGGCUCACGGGGACGACGCUUUGCGAGUUCAAUGCCUAACCAGUGUUUUUGUUUGAAAUGAAUACCUUAAUAUCCUCGUCCUUUUGCACAUGGUUUUUUGUUUUCAGUGGACUGGCAGUUUUGCCUAAAAAAGGGGACGCGAAACCGUUUCCUUUGUGCCGGAGAACAAUACAACAACAGGGCUUCAUGUGCGCCUGCUGCUGAAACCAAACUGGACUGUUUAUGUUUCCUCUCAUCAGAGGGUUAUAUCCUUUGUAGGGAUCUAUCAGUGAUGUACAGUAUUUAAUAUGGACUGAAUAUUUGUACUGUUGAAAUGUUUUUUUUUUUCUUUUCUCAGCUGAUGAUUUUAUGCCACUUGAAGUAAAAAAAGAAAGAUGCAUUUGGUUUUUUUUUUUUUAAAUUAUGCAAUUGUCACUGAGCCUUCUAAAUCUUCCACAAGCUGAUUUUGCGUUGUGCCUCUUGAAUAAUUCUGUUACAUGAUGCUGAUGUUGAAAAUCCUUCCCCAGACGGUGUUUUUUAAAAGGGCCCUUUUGUUGCUACUGUAGCUACCUUGGGCUGUUUGGGCAUUAGUGAUCUUCUAAGCUCCUUAGAUUUCCCACUAAGCAGGGUUGACCAGUGUGCCGGAGGGCCCAGGUGCUCGACCCCCCCCCCAGGAAAUCACCUCCAGUCUGCUUCACUUUGGUUGAAUCAAACAGCACAAUACAUAUGUGCAACCAGAGGCAGUUUUAGGACCCGAAUCUGGGAGAUACUUUCACCAAAUGUGCCAAAACUGUGUGAUUUCCAUCCAAAGCAUUCCCAGUCUGAAAUGAGAGCUUAAUCUUUACAUUCCCAUACUCAUGUGGCCUCAACUGAGCCACAAAGAAGCAUGUUUUUUUUUAUUAUAUAAGUGGGAAUGAACCACUGGGACAAAGAGCUGGUCAGGGGCCAAUCAAGGGCUGAGAGACAAACCAGAACAUGACUGUUUUCUGCAAAAAAAA